AUGGCGUUCUUGGAGGGCGCCACCGCGCUGCACCUGUGCGUGGACAGGCUGUUCAACGACACACAGGGCAGGCACAACGACGGUCUGCCCCACUUGAACCCGACGGAGGAGGCGACAUGGAUGACUCUCCUUCCACGCAAGCUCGGCUCCAAGGCGGAGUUCGACUGGCUGGCACUCUACCGGAGCCUCACUCGUGGUGGCGACACGACCAUGCCCCCGAGGAGCUCCAUGUACUGGCAGGGCCAGCAGACCAACCUUGAGUACCUUCUGUACCUUGACGCCAACCGCCUCACCUGGAGCUUCCGGCAGCAGGCAGGCCUACCCACCAUUGGCGAGCACUACGGCGGCUGGGAGGCGCCAGACGGCCAACUCCGUGGGGCACUACUUGAGCGCGAGCGCGCACAUGUGGGCCACAACGACACCCUCAGGGAGAAGAUGACCAGGGUGGUAGACAUCCUCGACCACUGCCAGAAGAAGAUGAACACAGGGUACCUCUCAGCUUAUCCCGAGAAGAUGUUCGACAUGUACGAGGAGCUUUUCGAGGCCUGGUCACCGUAUUACACAAUUCACAAGAUUAUGCAAGGCCUUCUGGAUCAGUACACAUUAGCUGGAAAUCCAAAAGGUCUUAAGAUGGUGGUGUGGAUGACCGAUUACUUCAGUGAACGUGUGAAGAAUUUGAUUCUGAAGUAUUCUAUUCAGAGGCACUGGGAAGCAAUGAACGAGGAGACCGGUGGAUUAAACGAUGUGAUGUAUCAGCUGUAUACUAUAACGAAAGACCAGAAGCACCUAACUAUGGCCCAUCUUUUCGACAAACCAUGCUUCCUCGGACCACUCAGCCUUCAUGAUGAUGAUAUAGCAGGGUUGCAUGUUAAUACUCAUGUUCCUGUCCUAAUCGGUGCACAAAAGAGAUAUGAAGUUGUUGGUGACCAUCUUUACAAGGACAUUGCAACAUUCUUCUUUGAUGUUGUAAACUCUUCUCACACAUUUGCAACAGGAGGCACAUCUACCAUGGAACACUGGCAUGACCCGAAGCGACUAGUUGACGAGAUCAAAAUCAGUUCGAACGAGGAGACUUGUCUCCCGAAACCUGUUCAGGUGGACAAAGGAAGUCAAGUACGCUGA